UAUAACUGGUAUGUAAGUAUCUAUAUAUAUGUUUUGGAUUUCAAUUUGGGCUGGCCAUGUAGGAAACAUAGAAUUUUCAACUUAUUGGUGACACCAUGUCGCAUCUACCUAGCCCUAUGUUCUUCACUACCAAUUUACUUAUAAUUGAUGCUUACAUAAUCGAGAAUAAUGAUGACUAUAUUUUAGAAUAUGAAAAUGAAAAUGAAUUUAAAAUGUUUGUCAAGGUACAUAAGAUGGUAGCAAUCAAAAUAACCCUUGUAAGGCAAAAAUGUUUUGUAAACCCCAAUAUGCUAGAUAGUUAUUUAUGAUAACGGGAGGUUGUUCUUAUGUAUGGAUUGUAUCUAACUAAAAUGUACUCCGGUGGGAAUUUCAAGGGAUGUGAUAAUUAUCCCGAGCUACUUAUAACUCAUAAUUGACUAUGACUUAUAUUUUAACCUGGCCUAAGCUGAUUUUAAAUCCCCCUGGUCAAGAUUAAAAUAUAACAUGCACACAUUCUUUUAAUACGAAUUAAAAUUUGCUGUAAAUAUUAAAACGGUUACGCAUAUUAGAGUUGUAUACUGUUAUGAUUCUGCUGGUAAUAGAUCGCAAAAAUAAUUGCUGCAUUAACUGACACAUUGUUAAAUAAAGAACAUCUUUUGGGCAGACUUGAUUGGGCUCAUGCCACAGGCAAUUACUCCACUUGUCAAUUUAUCUUUAACCCGAAAUAACUACUAGGAACAACUGGAUGGGUUUAUAUUUCCAGUGUAGAAAUAUCUGGAGUCUUUAAUCCACCCACUCUACCUACCCCCUUUUAUUCCUCCCCGCUAUCCUCUAAGGCAAAAACUAAUAAAAGAAAAGUGUUGCACAAGUAGUCUUAUCUUUAUGCCAUUAUCCUUCUACAAAAACGAAAAGUUUUAUGUUUCUUGGCCAUAACAACAACAGUAGGAAUAUAACUUUAUCUUGCAAAUUGUAUUUUGAUAUUAUCUUAAUAUUAUUUUAAUUGUAUCUUAAUAAGCUUUUUAUAAGUUUGCUUGGUCGUAUCGAUUCUCACGCCCAAACCAAAACUGCUUUACAGAGAAGGAACAUUACAUAAAGUCGACAGUGUUUACGGAGGAAAUACUAGAACUCGCCUCAGACGCGCUUUUUAACGAGUAAGAACGGAACCACUUACGUGAUUUAUUAUUAGGUCGAUUGUAGCAAUGACCUUAUGUGUUAUUAAAUGCAUUAUUCUAUUGAGAAUUGUCCAAUGCCGUGACUGCUACCUAAUAAUACGAUUUUUGUAUUAUGCCUGUGUCAAAGAGCGACGUGCCUUGUUGAGUCAAGGACUUACCUGCUCUAUACCAGGCGAGUCCAUGACGCGGUGAAAAGCGCUCACACUGACCCAAGGAAACAAACUCCAUUGCAGUGAACAACUUCAAGGCAAAUUAGGAUACGGAGAAAUAAUUUUGUUUUUCUGGAGUUAGGUCCAGGGAAUCGAAAUGUUUAUUUAUACGGCUUAGUAUACUACCGCAAUAACAGUUGCGUUAACCUGUUGUGAAGUAUGCUAUUGUUAGUGUACAUAGGAAUUUUUGCCAGACAUUAGCACGGUGUGCAGUGUAUGGACUAAGUCUGGAGGUUCUGGCAUAAACUAUACCCAAACUCCAUACUCCAGCUGUAAGAUUUCAAUUCCCAAGAUGGUCGUUUUCAGUUUUUGCUGAUUUGAAAUUUCAAGAGUCAUCGUUCUGGGAUGCUAUUAUAAGACCACACAAAUGGGCUCCAUUACCUGAUAAAGGCGAAAGCAAAAAAAAUAUAUAUAUCACACUUGGCCUUUCCAUCAUUUGGUAUGAAGACUGUUUAUCAAAACUUCAGUUAUGAACUAUUUUUUGGAACACAUGACCAUCGGCAUUACUCCUUUAAUAGCAAAGCAACUUGCCGGAUAUGUCUCUCAAAAUACUAGGGCAUCUUUUCUCGAUCUGAAAUCAUCGGCUCAGUGUGUAAAGGGUGAGUGUGCCUGUAGGCCUACAAAGUCGCUACAAGUCGAGUUAACAACUUUUCUUAAUAAUAAGAAACAACUAACGACGUCAGUCAAACAAUAUAUCAUUGAUGUCAUGGGGGUUUCAUCAUUAAAUUCAACGAUAUUCUAUUAUACUGGUAAUAUCAAAAACGAUACCUACGUUAGAAAUUCGUCGUUGCCAGGAACUACGCCUAGUGAUCUUUACCACGGUGAAGAAGAGACGGCUUUUGAGCACGCGGCCUACCACCAUAAACACCCAGCACUAGGAUUUGUACUGGCAUUUUUUGCGCUUUUAACAGUGGUUGGAAAUUUACUUGUAAUUACUGCGAUAGUGAAGGAAAGAUAUCUACGGGCCAAUACAAAUUACUUCUUGGUGUCCUUGGCUGUCGCCGAUCUUGUCGUGGGCAGUAUAGUAAUGCCUUUCAGCAUUGCGCUGGAGAUACGUUCAGGUCGGUGGGUCUAUGGAAAACUGUGGUGCGAUCUUUGGCAUUCCUUUGACGUUCUUGGAAGCACUGCGUCCAUACUUAAUUUAUGCGUGAUAUCCAUGGAUAGAUACUGGGCCAUAACGGAUCCUAUAAAAUAUCCACACCGGAUGUCGUCGCGAAGAGUGUGCAUUCUUAUUGCAUUAGUUUGGAUAUGUUCUGGCUCUAUAUCAUUCCCCGCCAUAAUGUGGUGGCGAGCGGUGGAUCCAGUACUACCAGACACGGUCUGUCUUUUCACAGAGGAUACCGCUUACCUCUUGAUAAGCUCAGCCAUAUCUUUUUACACUCCUCUUGUUAUAAUGUUAUACGUUUACUGGAAAAUAUACAGAGCUGCAGCAGAGCAACUGAGGAGUCUAAGACACGGGUCCAAGUCUGUAGUAAGUGGAAUAAAUGGACAGAAAUUAACGCUGCGGAUACACCGGGGAGGUGCUAGGCCAGGGGCCACUAGUUUACUUAUGAUGAAUGUUAGGAAAAAUUUAUCAAUUUACACACCUGCCAUAGCGGAGACAAACGAUUUUUCACCUAUCAAACCUCGCUACCUAAGGAACGGGUGCCACAAUCAAAGUAAUAAAAGAAAUACCACAAAUAACAACUUGAGUAUCGAAGAUGAUACGGCUAGUGUGAAUUCUGCGUUUAUUGAAAAUCAGAACGAAAAUGAAGACGACAACGCACCGGUUUCAGACAUACACAGUCCUGCAAAAUUCAUACGGAAAAGACUGAAACAAUUUGUCAUUAAAACAAAACUCAGUAAAGUUGCCAGAGAACGAAAGGCGGCGAAGACCCUAGGAAUAGUCAUAGGGGUUUUUAUCAUAUGUUGGUUGCCGUUCUUCGCGGCCAACCUGUUAUAUGGCAUAUGUGGAACUUGUGUGCUUCACCCAGAUAUCAUAUUCCCCGUUUUCACGUGGCUGGGAUAUAUCAAUUCGGGAAUGAAUCCCAUCAUUUACGCUCUAUCUUUGAAAGACUUCCGUCGGGCGUUUUCACGGAUUUUAUGUGUGUGCUGUCCAAAACAUCAGUAUAAAAUACCGAACAAGACGUUUAGUAUGUCUACUUUUAAUUUGCACGCUGGCGACCGGCCACCAUCAGACGAGACUAGUUCGACUGUCGCAAACAUUCAGGCAAUACCGCUAGACUGAGGCUGUUCAACUGAUCCAAACAAAUUACUAACGUGUUUAAAAACAGCACCGGUCGAUGUAAUUUAUUAUGGUUUCUUUACAGUUGAUUGGUCAGACACGGCCAAGUGUUUAAUUUUAAUUUUUUUUUGUCUGCAGUAUCUUUGAGGGUGUCUUUGGUUUCCUGUACUAGACGAACGCAAAAGCUUGUUUUGCCCCAUGCAUGUUGUUACUUUGAAGAUGCACAGUGCACGUUUACUUUGGCAAGAUAGAUGCUUUUUUCUUUAGAUCUAAUAGUGGAUUUUUUAUCCGAGUGUCAAACGUAUUUUUUUACACGCCCGUCACGUCUGAGUACAAAACGUCCACUUUUGUCAAUGUCGUUUACGGUCUGGGAGGGGUAAUUUUCAAUGAAAUGUAGCAUCUGAUUUGCUCUUGUAGCAAAGAAUAGUCUCGUUACCGUGGUUAUGACCACCAAAAAGACAGCGGUAUACCCUAGUUACAUGUACCGUCACGGGAGAAACGUCGCAUGCUUCCAAUAAUUUAAAGAUAUUACCUGCAUAGACAAGGAGAGUUUAAUUUUUUUCAUAUAUCUAAUAAAAAUAACCUAUUUUAUUUCUUGGGUCCACCUCUUCUAUGUGACAUAGAUUUUGAGAAAUAAAUACCUCAAAGCAGAAGGAUCCAAUAGAAGGGUUUAAUAACAUUUAAAAGAAACUAUCAUUUUUCAAGAUUUCGCUGGAGGGCGGAUGUGGAUGGCUGCGCAUAUCUCUUCAAAUGUCAUCGGAUCUUGUCGAUAUCAGCAGUAUUAUAGAUGAGGGACAUUUAAUUUUUUUCAAUUGACAGGGAAGCUGCCUAUCGUCUAACGGUUUUAUAGAAUCAAGAGAGGUUUCUUUUCUUGGGGAAGUUGGGUUCAACGAUUCCUGUCUCUGGUCAAUCGGAAACAUCGACCUUUCUAUAAAUUAACUUUUGGUUUUAAUUGUGUAAUAGACGUCUUGCAGUUAGGUAUUGUUUUUUAAAAUAAAGUUCCUAGUGCUUCAAAUGGGGAUACUUAGUAACUGAUCACGAUUAAA